AUGGCAGAGAUUAAGCUCUCAGAGAUGCGUGACCUAACACGAAUCGAGAGAAUAGGUGCUCACUCCCACAUCCGCGGCCUUGGCCUAGACUCCGCCCUCGAGGCCCGAUCCUCAUCCGAGGGCAUGGUUGGCCAGACCUCUGCCCGAAAAGCCGCCGGUGUCAUCGUUAAGAUGGUUCAGGAGGGGAAAAUCGCCGGCCGAGCUGUCCUCCUCGCCGGCCAGCCCGGCACAGGCAAAACCGCAAUCGCUAUGGGCAUGGCCAAAUCCCUAGGUCAGGAAACCCCCUUCGCCAUGCUCGCCGGCAGCGAGCUCUUCUCCCUCGAGAUGUCCAAGACCGAAGCUCUGAUGCAGGUCUUCAGGAAGGCUAUUGGGGUUAGAAUCAAGGAGGAGACUGAGGUUAUCGAGGGAGAGGUUGUGGAGAUCCAGAUCGACCGGCCAGCGGUGGCGGGGGCCGCAUCCAAGACCGGAAAGUUGACUUUAAAGACGACGGAGAUGGAGACCGUGUACGAUCUGGGGGCAAAAAUGAUUGAGGCCUUGGGGAAGGAGAAAGUGCAGAGUGGCGAUGUGAUUGCCAUCGACAAGGCUUCUGGAAAGAUUACGAAGCUGGGGAGGUCAUUCUCGAGGUCUAGGGAUUAUGAUGCCAUGGGUCCACAGACAAAGUUUGUGCAAUGUCCGGAGGGGGAGCUGCAGAAGAGGAAGGAGGUUGUGCAUUGUGUCACACUUCACGAGAUAGACGUUAUCAACAGCAGAACACAGGGGUUCUUGGCCCUCUUCACGGGGGACACGGGUGAGAUCCGAGCGGAGGUCCGCGAACAAAUCGACACAAAGGUGGCGGAGUGGCGGGAGGAAGGCAAGGCGGAGAUAAUCCCGGGAGUAGUCUUCAUUGACGAGGUCCACAUGCUAGACAUCGAGUGCUUCUCGUUCCUAAACCGAGCCCUGGAGAAUGACAUGGCACCCAUCCUCGUUGUGGCCACCAACCGAGGCAUCACCCAAAUCCGUGGGACCCACUACAGGUCCCCACACGGCAUCCCCAUUGAUUUCCUCGAUCGCCUACUCAUCAUCUCCACAAGGCCUUACACGGCCGACGAGAUGCGGAGGAUUCUGGACAUCAGGUGCGCGGAAGAGGAUGUGGAGAUGUCGGAGGAUGCCAAGGUUUUGCUGACUAGGAUAGCCGAGGACACGUCUUUGAGGUACGCUAUCAAUCUCAUAACGUCUUCUGCGCUUGCCUGCCUCAAGAGGAAGGGAAAGGUUGUGGAGAUGGAGGAUGUGAGCAGGGUUUACGGGCUAUUUUACGAUGUGAAGAGGUCCACGCAGUAUCUCAUGGAGUAUCAGAGUCAGUAUAUGUUUAGUGAGGAUGCGAUGGUGGUGUCAUGA